GUGGUGGGUGGAGGCUUCACCGACAGUACAAAAGGGCCUCCUCCCUCGGGCUCACUCUCACUUUUCUCUUUUUACGCACGCACACACCUCAGAGCUCCUCUGGCAUCCCGACGCAGCUCAUCUUGGAUCAUUAACAAACAAACAACAACAACAACACCAACAUGGCCGUGUUGAUCAGAAACGAAGUGUUCUCCUGCUUCGUGUUCUACGGGGUGCUCCUGGUGAUGAAAAUGUACAUUAUCGCGAUAAUAACGGGACAAGCGAGGCUGCGCAAGAAGGCUUUUGCCAACCCCGAGGACGCGAUGAGACACGGAGGCUUACAGUUCCACAGAGAGGACCCCUACGUGGAGAGGUGCCGCAGAGCUCACAUUAACGACAUGGAAAACAUCCUCCCCUUCCUCUUCCUGGGUGCCGUCUACUCCAUGACUGGACCUUGCCUGGCCGUGGCUCGCCUUCACUUCCUGGUCUUCUUCAUGGGUCGUAUGCUGCACACCUUCGCCUACCUGUUCGCCCUGCGAGCGCCAACCCGCUCCCUGGCCUACGUCGUGGCUCAGAUACCUUGCGUCUCCAUGGCUCUGCAGAUCCUCAUCGCCGUGGCGGCGUACGCCUAAAACAACCCCAGACAUGAGGGAGACUGAACUCGAGGUUCUGUUCUGGAAAGAUUGAUUGCGGUCUUCCAUAGAAGGAUAGCGGAGAGGCCUCCUUGUGAGGGGGGAACAUGCAAGACAAGAAUGCCAGUGAGAGUGCAAUAGGUGUGUGCGAUUACAUCCAUAAAUAGGACAGUAUUUCUUUUUAAUGGUUUUAUUUACAAUGUCGAAAUGUGAGAAUGUCUUAAAAGUUGUUUUGAAGUUGACAUCCCAGUACUGUACUAUUUAAAUAAAAAUGAAGUUUGUUUUGCCUGC